UUCAUGUUUAAUUGUCAUAGGGCAGAUACACACUGGCUGGGCCAUGAAAGAUUGCGACGUGCUUAUCACUAGUCCUUGGCUUAGUCUUGCGGGUUUGUGCAUUGACUUCUGACAAAAAAAAAGAGUCGUUGGAGGCAUCAUGUUGAUUUGUCCACACCUUUGCUGGCAACAAUUUCCAGCGUUGGUUCUCUUGCCUUGCUCGCUGGCAUCUGGCCAUUUGCAUGAUGUAUCCAUCUCCCAAGUCCUUCCAUGUAUCCACUUGUCUUUACAGUCUCUCGACUAUAUAUGCAUUGUCGGUCUACCUCCUGUAGAUAAAGAAAGCCCUGGAGCUGAUAAACCUUGCAUCUCCUCAUUGAGCUUGUUGUCAUAUAGAUAAGACAUGGGUCAAGCACUUGGUUUGAUUCAAGUGGAUCAAUCGACAGUAGCCAUCAAGGAAUCUUUUGGAAAGUUUGAUGAGAUCCUAGGGCCUGGGUGCCACUUCUUGCCAUGGUGCAUAGGGAAGCAAAUUGCUGGGUACCUUUCACUGCGUGUUCAGCAGCUUGAUGUCCGCUGCGAAACAAAGACAAAGGAUAAUGUCUUUGUCAAUGUUGUGGCAUCUGUGCAAUACCGUGCCCUUGCGGACAAGGCGUCUGAUGCCUUUUACAGGCUUACUAACACCAGGGAGCAGAUCCAGUCAUAUGUCUUUGAUGUCAUCAGGGCUAGUGUUCCUAAGAUGAACUUGGAUGAUGCAUUUGAGCAGAAGAAUGAUAUUGCUAAAGCGGUGGAAGAUGAACUUGAAAAGGCAAUGUCAAUGUAUGGAUAUGAGAUUGUGCAGACUCUGAUUGUUGAUAUUGAGCCUGAUGAGCAUGUGAAGAGAGCCAUGAAUGAGAUCAAUGCAGCUGCUAGGCUGAGGCUGGCUGCCAAUGAGAAAGCUGAAGCAGAGAAGAUCCUGCAGAUCAAGAGAGCUGAAGGUGAUGCAGAAUCCAAGUACUUGGCCGGUAUGGGUAUUGCAAGGCAGCGCCAGGCUAUAGUGGAUGGGCUGAGAGACAGCGUUCUCGCCUUCUCUGAGAAUGUCCCUGGGACCUCCGCCAAGGAUGUCAUGGACAUGGUUCUGGUGACCCAGUAUUUUGACACCAUGAAAGAGAUUGGGGCAUCUUCCAAGUCCUCUUCGGUCUUCAUCCCGCAUGGACCCGGCGCCGUGAAGGACAUCGCUGCACAGAUAAGGGACGGACAGCUCCAGGCCAGGAUGCUGUGAGAGAGCACUACAUGCUUUGAAUAUUCCCAUCAGUAAAGAAGUUCAAGAGCCACUACAAUAUCUAGUUAUUUGAGUAAAAGUUAGGCAUAUGGUAGCAAUGUGAGUACUCGCACUUCAGUACAGCUUGUUUCAUUCUCUGUGUCACGUAUGUUUAUUAUCUAGAUGGAUGCUAUGUAGGACUGCAUGGAUUGUGUCAGGAAAGGAUAAAGACCUGUUUGUUACUGUAAGCUUUUGUGCUGCCCUGGUGUUCUCUUGUGGUGAAUGAGCAAAUAUCAUGUCUAUUUUCUGAGCCCA